AUGAAGUACCAACGCUAUUUAGAAAAGAUAUACUACGAUCCUGCUCACCCGGCUUCGUAUUCCGGCUUAGACAAACUCUACAGAAGCGUUAAAAAGGAUGGAAAAUUUGUUCUGGACAGAGCCAAAAUUAGGAAAUGGUUGAUGAAACAGGAGACAUAUACUCUUCAUAAAGGCGUGAUUCGAAAAUUCAAACGUCAGAAGAUCGUAGUUCCGUAUAUAGACUAUAUGUGGGAGGCUGACACCGGAUAUAUGAACACCUAUGUCAAUGAUAACGACGGCAUUAGCUAUUUUCUACUCAUCAUCGACGGAUUUUCUAAGUUUGUAUGGACAUUUCCCGUACGCAGAGUACGCGGCGAGGAGGUGUUGAAGGCCUUUAAGACGAUCCAAAACCGCCGUUGCGAGAAACUUAGAACGGACUCCGGAUCUGAGUUUAAGAGUAAACUCUUCCAAAAGUGGUUAAAGUCUCAGGGCAUCCAGCACUUUUACUCCCUCAACGAGAGCAAAUGCGCCUUUGCCGAACGGGCGUUGAAGUCCAUCAAGUCCAGGAUCGCUCGUUACAUGACCAGGUAUCAGACUCAUCGUUGGAUCGAUAUUUUAUCUAAAGUAACAGACAGUUACAACAACACGUACCACAGGAGUAUAAAGAGGAGUCCGGCGAGUGUGACCAAGAGCAACGAAGCGGAACUUUGGAAUACUAGCUAUAAUCAACUAAGGAAAGGGAAAAGGGACGUCCGUGUAGUCAGCAGCUCCGCAUAUCGGUUCAAAACUGGGGAUACUGUACGCUUGUCCCAUUUAAAAAGGCCAUUUCAGCGAGAAUACGACGAAAGAUGGACCAUGGAGUAUUUCAUCGUUGCUGAGAGAGGCAAAAAGGCCGGAAUUCCGUUUUACAAAUUGAAAGACCUGCAGGGCGAUGAGAUAAAAGGCAGUUUCUACUCUAACGAGUUGACAAAAAUUAUAGUGGACAAAACGACGACAUUCAGAUUAGAGAAGGUUUUGAAGAGAUCUGGCAAUAGAGUGCUGGUGAAGUGGAUGGGAUGGAGCGAUAAGUACAACAGCUGGAUACAUAAAAGUAAAGUGACGAGCUACAAAAAGCGUAAGAACGGACGUGUGAGUCAGCAUAUCCAAACAUGA